ACUGUUUUCAAAUUGAAAUUGAAUUCAUUUGAAAAAGUUGUUUUAUUUUUUGCUAAAUACUAAUAACUAUAAUAAUAUAUAAUAUUUAAUAGUUUAAAACAAACUUUUGUGAGAAGUAAUCUUACAACGAGAAUAAUUAUUUUUUAAAACCUAAACAAAAUCGUUUCAUCUACUGGUGUAAUAAACUAAUACAGAAAUGGACGAUGGUGAUGUAGACGACUCAUUCGAUGAUGUGCUAGCAACCAUCGAAAUUCCCAGUGAACCUAAAGUGCCGAGAAUCGAAAAACAACAGAACGCUACAAGUAGCACAUCACAAAAUGGCGCAACAUCAAAAAUUGCCGCUCCGCCACCAGCACCGCUGCCAAAAACCGCAUCGAAUCCUCAUUGCAUAUUAGUAAAUCCCAAACAGCGUGGUAAUCCAGUACUUAAGUCCAUCGUCAACAUACCAAUUGAGUUUCGAGAUGAUAUAAUACCCGAUUAUGUGGUGGGACGUACUUCGUGUAUACUUUAUAUAUCACUAAAAUAUCACACUUUAAAUCCGGACUACAUAUGCCAGAGACUCAAGGAGUUGGGCAAACAAUAUGAAUUGCGUGUGCUCUUGGUACAUAUCGAUGCACAGGAACCCCACUCUGCUUUGAAAAACCUAACACGUAUUACACUACUAACAGAUUUAACGCUCAUGCUGGCAUGGAGUGCGGAAGAAGCAGGAAAAAUCAUAGAGACUUACAAACAAUUCGAGAAACGUUCGCCAGAGUGGAUAAUGGAGCGCGUCGAAUCGAGCCCACAUCAAAAGUUGGUGUCGGCGCUAACUAAUAUUAAGCCUGUAAACAAAACCGAUGCAGUAACGCUCCUACAGAAUUUCGGCAAACUGGAAAAUCUGAUCAACGCUAGUGAAGAACGAUUAUCGCUUGUCAUUGGUUUAGGCCCAAGGAAAGCUUCGAAGCUGUACAAAACCUUGCACGAACCUUUCCUAACAAAGUAGUUUCUUUACAUUCAAAUGCAUCUGAACAUAUUUAUUUUUUUCUACAAAGUGAAAUAAAGCGCAGCUAAACAGUUGUCAAUGAAUUCUUACCUAUCUAUUCUAUGAA